AUGGUAAAAAAGGCUGAACUACUUGGUUACAUUGGUGAAGCUGGUGGUUUAAGAAGUCAUAGAAUAUUUAAAGACAUAAAUGACGAAACCGUUAAAGGUGAUGUGAAUAUUAAGUGUAUUAAAAGUGAAAUUGUAGUAAAUGAUAGUAUUGAUGAAGAGAAGGAAAAAGGUGAAAUUGUUAAUGUGUUGGACUUUAAUGAAUCAGAUCAAAUAGAUAAAAUAAAGAGUAAAAGCAUAUCUACUAUGUCUUUUGGAAAUGAUGAAAACAUGUCUACAAGAACUGAUAGUAAUGAAACCUGUGAACAAAGAUCUGAACAAUGCACUGUUGGAUGUGGUUGCGAAAAUGGAUUUGAUGAUGAUAGGCCUACUGGAAUUGUUGAUGAAAACUAA